UAAUCAAACAAUUGCAAAUAAAAGAGAUGGUCGUAAAACAUUAAAGGGAUUUUUGUAGCCCCUUAUGGGAGUUUUCCAUGACGUAAACAGUAAAACCCCUUCUAAUCGAUGAAAGAUGUAUCCAACAAAGGAAUAAAAGAUCCCAUUGAGAAUACAUUUGAAUGGAGAUUUACUCAACCGAAAUAAAACAGGUAAAAACAUGUUUAAACAACACAGGUAGAGACAUGUCUUAAUGACCUUGGACAUUUAAAUGCCAGGUGUGUUCACACACCGUAAAACCUCAUUCAUUUUAAUACAGGUACAUACAUCCGAGUGGCUUCAAGAUCACUGUUAGGAAAGGUGUGAAUGCGAUUAUGAAAUAAGUUGAAGUGUUUGAUAAUAUUUAUUUAUUUUUUGUUAUAUUUUAUUUUAUUAAUUUUUUCCUUUUUUUUUUUGCUAUAGAUUGUUAAAGAAAAAAAUCCUCAUAUAACAGUAUGUUAAAUCUCAUGACAAGUAUCCAGUAAGCAAUUAUAGUAUUCAAAAUCUCCUUCCUAAAUAACAAAUAAAUAAUAUUCAUCAACAAAAUCAAAAAUUCUAUAAAUAAUUCUACUGGACUUUCCGAAUGGAAAAUUACCCCUUUUUAAUAAACAAUGACUGUGAUUAUGACGGCAGAAUGACGUGAUCAUAAAGUAACCAAUCAGAAAAAUUGAUAUUUUAGAAUCACCAUGGAGAUAUAUGCAGAUAUAAAUUGAGAAACUUUUCGCUUUUAAAUCAAAUAUACUACAACUGCCAAAGACGUCUCAUCGGAGAUUGUUUCAAAGAAGUUUGCAUUGUGUUGUUGCUAUUUAGAUUUCGGAAAUAAUCCAUUAAAAGUAGGAACUAUUUUACAUUCUUUUAAAAAAUAAAUAGACAGAAAAUGAAUUAAAAAACAUGAAAAAAUGUAUUUAAAUAGCUACAAUGAAGUGUAUUUUAAUUGUAAAGAUUGUUUAUUGUUUGGGUUUUCCGGGUGAGUGAUUUAACAGUGCUUUCUAUUUGUAUAAUAGACUUGUAUGAGUUGGAUAAUGAAAUUUAAAGGUAUAGGUUUUACGACUGAGUAAACAAUUUUACUACAAUUUGUUAUUCUAAUAUGGAGCUAUGAGGGGUUUCGGAUUUGAUACACUGACGCAUAUUAAACUAAUAAAACAAAAAAUCAGUAAGUAGUGAUUGAUUAUCAUAAAAAAAUUAUCAUAACAAAUAUUAAUACUUUUAAACAGAAAAAAAACAUGCCCGCUGAUAAAUUUGCUUGUGAAGUUUGUGGAAAGAGUUUCACUCGACUAUCGAAUUUGCUUCGACAUCAGCGAUCUACACAUGGAUCAGACUCCUUUCUCUGUCAGACUUGUGGAAAAAACUUUAACAGAAGGGAUAGCUAUUUACGUCACACAAGAAGCCACCUAGAAACUUCAGAUAAAAAAUCAUAUGAUUCUGAAACGGUGGAUGAUUCAACGAACUGUGACAGUGAUGACAAAGAAAAUGUGUGUCCUAAUCAAUUAGGCGGUGGAAAAUCAUCAAACGAUAUAAAUGAGACAGGAGCUGUUGAGGUCAAAGAAGAUUGUAAUUUAGAGGAAGAGGCUAUUGAGGGAAAUUUAAAGAAAAUUUUCUUAGAAGCGACAGACAAAAGCAAGUACGAUCCCUUGACCUUCCUUAAAGUUAAGGAAGAGACUAUCAGAUCGAUUUUAAAAAAAGAACGCAUUAAAAGGAAAAGAAUAAAAUUCUAUCUCACCCUACAAGUGCGAUUCACCAAGACCAAAGGAGAACAGGUGGAAAUAGCAGAACCCCAUUUCCACGGGCGUUGCCAUGUAGUGCUUAACAACAACGAUAUUGAACCCGCCCUGAGGGAGAGCAUCAUGAAAAUGUUCAACUCUUUCAUUGAAUACCAAAGAGAAGGCAGUAACUGGGUACUGGACAAGGUUCUGGGAGUGGCAAUUCAUAUCGUGCAAUACAAUCCGAUAAAAGGGUCCAGUUAUUUACCACUUCCAGCAAAACUUGCCAGCAAAAAAGCCAUUGUCAACGUCCAGAAUACCGAUCAAAAAUGCUUCAUGUGGUCGGUAUUAGCUGCUCUUUACCCAGUAACAAAUCAUCCUGAACGAGUUGUGAAUUAUGUGCAACAUAUAGAAAAGCUAGACUUCGCAGGCAUUUCAUUUCCCGUUCGAGUCGGAGACUUUCCCAAAUUCGAGAAGAGAAACGACAUUUCUAUCAAUGUAUUUGGUUAUGAAAAACGAGAAUUAUAUCCUCUCCAUCUGACAAGAGAAAGAGGAUUAAAACACGUCGAUCUCCUCGUUCUUAAUAGAGGAGAAAACUCACACUACUGUUGGAUAAAAAACUUUAACAGAUUACUGAAUGAGGGACAAAAAGGAAACCAACUGUUUCAUUGUCAUUAUUGUCUGCAUGGAUUCACUAAACAGCGCCUUUUAGAAAAACACGUGCCUUACUGCGAAGUACAUGGGGCACAGCGGACGGAAAUGCCAACUGAAGAAGAUAAAUGGCUAGAGUUCAGCGAUGUCUCUAAGCAACUCAAGGUUCCAUUUGUGAUCUAUGCCGACUUUGAAAGUAUUCUUGAGAGGCAUUAUGGUUGUCAACCGGAUCCUAGUAAAUCGUCCACUAUUAAGCUAGCAAAACACGUCCCCUCCGGAUUUACUUACAAAGUUGUCGGACUUUCAUCAAAUAUCACAAUGAAUCACGUGACAUACCGUGGUCAUGAUGCUGUUUACAAGUUUAUUGACCAUCUAAUCAAAUUAGAAGACGAGCCUUUGGGGGUCCUACGCGAAUCAAAGCCUAUGGAUUUGUCUGAAGAGGAGAAUAAAGCAUUUCAGGAAUCAACUAAGUGCCACAUCUGCAACAAAGAAUUAGGAGAAGAUACCGUUCGUGAUCAUUGCCACGUGACGGGAAAAUUUCGAGGCGCAGCUCACAGUAACUGUAAUCUAAACCUGCGACUCAGAGAGAGAAUACCGGUAUUUUUCCAUAACCUAAAAGGAUAUGAUGCUCACCAUAUCAUGAAUGCCCUCGGCAAAUACAAACACAAAAAGAUCAACUGCAUUCCCCAGAACCACGAGAAAUACAUUUCGUUUUCUUUAGGGAGAUUAGAUUUUGUCGACACGUUCCAAUUUUUGUCUACAUCUCUCGACAAACUAUCGACAAAUCUAGCCAAAGAGGGUCUUCAUAAAUUUCCUCAUCUCCAAGCAUACGUAGCCACUACCCACCCAGGAAAUGAGCAGACAAAGCUUCAAUUGUUAAGCAGAAAAGGAGUGUAUCCUUACCGCUACAUGAACUCAUUCAAAAAGUUUCAAGAAACGACACUUCCACCACAACGAACUUUCUACAAUGAUCUUGACGGUAAAACUGUGUCCGAUCAAGACUAUUUGCAUGCGCAAUGGGUUUGGGAUGUUUUCAACAUUCAGAACUUAGGACAAUACCAUGAUCUGUACAUGGAAACCGACGUGCAUCUUUUAGCUGAUGUGUUUGAAAAUUUUCGUGAUCUCUGCUUAAACAUGUAUGGCCUCGAUGCGGCUCAUUUUUACACGGCCCCGGGACUAGCAUGGCAGGCCGCUCUCAAGAUGACAGGUGUUCAACUUGAGCUUUUGACCGAUCCAGAUAUGCAUUUGUUUGUAGAAAAAGGGCUCAGAGGCGGCAUUGCUAUGAUUUCUCAAAGGUAUGCAAAUGCUAACAAUCGCUAUCUUAGCGACUAUGAUCCCUGUCAACCCUCAAACUAUUUGAUGUAUUUGGAUGCUAACAAUCUGUACGGUUGGGCCAUGAGUCAGUCGCUGCCGACUCAUGAUUUUUGUUGA